ACACAGAUUACAUUAAGUCAUUAUUUACAGUGAAAACUUAAUCAUGACUCAGUCAUGUUGUUAAUCAUUGCUUGAUGAUAGGCCUAACUUACUUGUUCAGAAGCUCGAGAUGUCAUUUUUUUAACCAGGUUGUCCAUUCCGAAUCCCAGAUUGUUCUUCAGUUCAUAUAUGAGAAGUUAACUUGUUUACACGGUUGGGUUUUACACAAUUCGCAAUAUGCCACGACAAGAUCAAAAGGAUCAGUGCAACAUGCAGCCAGCAGCCACUCAGUGCAUAGCAUAGCAGCAAGCACGGCACAUGCACAGUAGUACAGCACACACAUGUUGGGUUGCAGGUUGCAACGAUCGGCAACUUGGCCUGGUAAGAUGUACCUUCUGGUCGGCAAAAGUCAUCUCAAUUGCGGACAUUCACACAUCACCAUGGCAACAGUUGGGUGUCAGCUCUGUAGCAACUCAACAGAGGCUAUUGAGUUGUAUGAGAGCAAGUUCCUUUACCUGAAGCCGAUUGCGAAAAUCAACAUCUCUGUGACCUUACCCCAGAUGAAAACACCAGGGAAGUCAAUCAGCAAUUGGGAGGUAAUGGAAAAGCUGAAGAAGAUGGCCAAACCAGACUCUUUCCUUGUCUUGCGGGUCACCAAAAGCUCACUGGACUUCCUGCGAUUCGAGGCUGAGCUUGAAGCACGCUCCAUCAUCAAAGUCAUGAUCACAAGACUGGACACGAAGAGCAUCAAGCUUAGCGGGUUCACGGAGGUCAUGAAAGUGCGAGCCGCCGAGGCAAAGAUCCCUUUCCCAAACCGCCACGACUGGGAUGUCUUCUUCCGGGAUGCAAAGAACAUGAAUGAGAACAAUCCUGGGGAGAGACCGGAUACAAUUCACGUGGAGAGUCUACCGGUGCGAUGGUUUGCCAUCGACGUCGAACCGGACAAACCAAGCGAGAUCGUGGUGAGGAAUGUCUUUGGCACUUGUGGCGUGAUCAGGAAUAUUGACAUCCCGAUGUUGGAUCCAUACAGACACGAGAGUCAAGUGACUGGAGGGAACUUUGGAAAGAUCUCUAGUCUCGGCACCAACCUGACAUUUGAUGUCUACGUGCAGUUCAUGGAGUACAUUGGAUUUGUGAAAGCAAUGGACACCUUCAAAGGCAUGAAACUCAUGAGAAUUGGACAGGAAGAAAAGUCUUAUACAGCUGAAAUCAAGGUGGACUUUGAUAAGACAAGACAUCUCAGUGCAAAAUCAAUGAAGAAGAGAGAGAAGGAACGGCAGAAGUUGAUAGAAUUGAUAAGAAAGAGGGAAGAGCAAAAAAGAUUGGAGAAAGAAGAGGAAGAGAGAAAGAAAGAGGAAGAAAGGAAGAAGAAGGAGGAGGAGAUCAAGCUGAAGCAAUUGCAAAAGCAGAUGAAAGCACAGCUGAGGAAGAACCGACAGACAGAACGAGAGGAGAGACGGAGACAGAAGAGAGAGGAAAGGAGAUUGCAGAGAAAGAUAAUGAUGGAGGAAAGGAAGCUUGUCUUGGCUCAGAGGAAACUAGAAUCCAUCCGUCUUCUGACGGUGCUCCUCGAGAAAGUUCAGGCCCUGAGGCAGGAAGAAGAGGUAGCGCAAAAGCUGUAUGAACUCGAGAAGGCUCGACAGGAGCAGCUACAGAGAGAGAAAGAACAGAAAGAAGCGGAGGAGCGAAAGAAAAAGAGGGCAGAAGCACGGAAGGAAAAACAACUCAGGCACAAGGAAAAGAAACUCCGAUCUAAGAUUAUCAACGCUUUGAAGACCAAAGAAGAGAAAGCUCAAGAGGAAAAACGUGAAAAACUCAGGAAGCAACUGACCAAAACAAGACUGAGGUCCAGCAUCGUUACGGCAUCUUCGUCGAGUCACCGUCCUACCACACCGGAACAACCAUACACCAUCCAAACACAGAUGAUAUCACCAGAGGCUUUGCAAAGGCUUGAGGAGUAUCAUCGCAGUUUGGCCAUCUACCAGAGGCAGCUUGCAGCGUACCAUCGGAAUAUGGCCAGUCACUCGUACUACCAGAACAGAAACCAGCAAAGACGGUUUGGGAGCUUCCGCUCACCAUAUGGAACAUUCACACUGAAAAAGAGACAGUAUCAGAAUUGGAAAGAUAGGGAUCAUUCACAUCGGGGAAGGGACCGUUACAGGUCCAGGUCAAGAUCUAGAAGUAGGAAUAGAACAAAAAGUAGGUCUAGGAGUAGGUCUAGAUCUAGAUACAGGACGAGGUCAAGGACAAGAUCAAGGUCUCGAUCUAGGACUAGAUCAAGGAGUAGGUCACGGACAAGGUCAAGAACAAGAUCUAGAUCAAGAGAAAGGUCUGAGCCAAGGUCUAGCUCCAGAAAAUGGAAGAGGGAAAGAUAUAGGACUAGAUCUAGGUCUAGAUCUAGCAGCAGAUCUAGAUCAAGAGAGAGGUCAAGAUCUAAGACACGUGAAAGAUCAAGGUCAGAAUCUGAGGAAAAAUCUCAUUCAAGAUCUCAGAGUCGGGACCAAGACAAAGCCAGAAGUAGGUCAAGUGUCAAGUCUAAAUCUAAAGCUAAGAAGAAAUCUAAGUUAAAAAAGAAAUCAAAGUCAAAGCAUAGAUCAAGGUCCAUAGACAGGUCCAAGUCUGGAGAUAUAAAGAGAUCCAAGUCAAAAGAAAAGUCCAGAUCAAGAGAUGGCUCUCGGAGCAGAUCUGGACAUAGGUCAGAGUCUAGGGAGAGAUCAAGAGAUGAUUCCAGAGCUUCUGAACCCCCAUUCGACAAUGAAGUUGACAGUGUACAUGAAUCACCCAUUCGGUCUAAAUCUGGAGAAAGAGACAAUGAAGACAAACAGCGUGAAGAUGUGUCUCCGAGUAGGUCCCAAGCCAAGGAGACACUCACCUCAGGGAAUAUGUUGGGAGAUUCUCAGUCCCAAAAGGGUGAUGACGAGAGUGCUGCAUCGGGUGGGUGUAGUUCAGAGGAACCAAACCCUGUGUCUGUAGCUUUUGCAACUUGCGAUCAGGAUGAUUUGGCUUCAGAAACUUUAGGGUCUGCUGAAAGGGUUUCCCCGUCACCAAAUCAUGGUGAUGAAUCAAAUGAGGUAUCAACUCUGAGAUCUGAGAAAGAAGAAGUUGAAUCGGUGAAGGUGUCAGAGGCCACUUUACCUCAAGGCGAUGACGACGAUGAAUCUUCUGUCGGGUCCGAGUCGGAGGACAGAAUCGGGUCUGGAAAUGCAUCAAGGGCUUCCACUCCGCAAAAUGAAGACGAAGUCAACACUAAUUGGGCUUUUUGAUACAUCCUGGGGGGGGGGGUGGUUUGCUGGGCCACAUUAUCAUCACCGUAGGAGGUGCAGCAAGAAAAUUACAAUAGCUUAUGUCAUAAAACCAAUCAUAAAUCAUGAAAUUGAUUGUCUACUUGUAGUUGAUUGUUGGUCUUCAUCGUGCUUCAGAUUUUUCUUAAAAUUUUGAAGUUAGAGGUGCAUUAAUUUCAGAUCUGACAAUGGUAGGGGCGCAGGUUUGUUUUAUUCUGUGUAGUCUGAAAUACAUCUUUCCCCCCUUUUUUUCUAGGGAGGAUGUAGGUUGUAUGUAUGUACAUGUAUGUGCUCCAAGUCUUAUUGGUAUUUGAUCAAACCUCAUUUCAAUGUUUAUUACACAAGAAUAACUACAAUGUGCAAAACAUGUGUUAUGUGAAAAUAAGGCUUUGUUCUUCCAAGAAAGAAGAUCAAUUUUUCUUUUUCAGUUUUCUUUAUCCUACAGAUUAAGGGCUUUCAUGCAAAAGUAACACCUAAUUUUGUAGGUGUUUAGUUGAACCCUCUGCCAAUUUUUAUUCAACAGGGAUAACUAUAUGCAAUCUAUAUUGUGCAUGGCACGUUUUGUGCAGGGCAUUUUUGUGAAGAUGAAACAUUCAAAGAAGAUACAAUUGUUUUUAUUUGUUUUAUAUUGUUCCCCAGUUUCUUUGUCCUAAGAUAUAGGUUUGUUAUCAUUAAAAUAUGUAGGUACAUGUAUUUUCUUACUCCAUUGACGCUUUUUGAUUGAUUCAACAUGGACAACUAUUUGCAAUGUCUCACCACAUAAAUGAAGACAACCUUUAAAGUGUAAAGAAAGAAAUUUAUGAGUUUGUUCAAAAUUUUCUUUUUGAAUACACAGAUUUGUAUUAUGUCAAGGUUUGAUUCGAGAAAUUGAGACAAAGUUACCUGAAUUAGUUUGUCUGUUAUUUUCCCCUUCACUGAUUGUACUUCAUGAAUAUGUCGGUAUUCUUAAUGCACCAAGCCAUUAAUUUAUCAUUGAACAUACCAGAUGAGAGAUGUUUCUUCAAAUCUCAUGAUCAGUUACAUUUUCAGGUUAUACUUUUUAAUGCUCUUACUUGCCAUAAACCAAAAAAUAACUACCCAAACAUCUGAUCUCGGCUGCCAUUCUCGCGAUUUGACAUGCACAUCCAUUACUGAUAUAAACUACAAGCCA